AUGUGCGCCUUAGGUGCAGACUGUCCUGGGCUGGGUUCUGCUGACCCCGCUCCAGCUCGUGGUCCCCCGCCCAAGGAGAAGAUAGAGAUUAAAGACAGGCCCAGUUCUUACAAUGGGAAGCUGAAGCGCGGGGAGUUGGAGCGAAAGCAUAGCACCCGCACAGAAGCCAAGAAGAAAGCGCCCUGUCCUGGACUUGGCUUGUUUUACACAUUACUGUCUGCCUUCCUUUUCUCAGUGGCCUCUUUAUUUGUUAAAAAAAUACAAGACGUCCAUGCUGUAGAAAUUAGUGCAUUUCGAUGUGUGUUCCAAAUGCUAGUUAUUAUCCCUUGCUUAAUAUACAGAAAAACUGGGUUUAUAGGCCCCAAAGGUCAACGGCGUUUCCUCAUUCUCAGAGGAUUCCUUGGUUCUUCUGCCAUGAUCCUUAUAUACUAUGCUUUCCAGACCACGUCCCUCGCAGACGCCACAGUUAUCUCCUUUAGCUGCCCCGUGUUCACGUCUCUGUUUGCUUGGAUAUUUCUCAAGGAAAAGUAUUCCCUCUGGGAUGCUUUGUUCACCUUGUUCACAAUCACUGGAGUGACCCUUAUCGUGCGACCACCAUUCUUGUUUGGGUCCAACACUGCGGGGACGGAAGGAAGCUACUCAGCCCACCUUCAGGGAACGUUGGCAGCCAUCGGACAUGCCGUGUUCGCUGCACUGACUCUAGUUAUCCUGAGGAAAAUGGGAAAAUCUGUGGACUACUUUCUGAGCAUUUGGUACUAUGUCAUACUCGGCCUGGCUGAGAGCGUCACCGUCCUCUUUAUUCUAGGAGAGUGGAGCCUGCCCAAAUGCGGGCUGGACAGGCUGUUUCUCAUCCUCAUCGGGCUCCUAGGUCUGGGGGGUCAGAUAUUUAUCACAAAAGCAGUUCAGAUAGAGAAAGCAGGACCCGUAGCCAUGGUAAAAACAAUGGAUGUGGUCUUUGCUUUUAUUUUUCAGAUUAUUUUCUUUAACGAUAUCCCGACCUGGUGGACCGUGGGCGGCGCUCUUUGCGUAGUAGCCAGCAGUACUGGAGCGGUUAUUCGCAAAUGGCUCCAGAGCUCCAAGUGAACACGCGUCGUUGCUGACACCUAGAUUUUUUUAACAUCUCGUCAGCCACACACAUGGAAAAUCUGCAUUUAUUCACUGAUUAUACUUAAUAAAUUUUAUAAAUAAAUACCAUUUUUGAAUAUGGUAUGUUUUCAAUUAAGAGUAGCUAGUAGGGUGUAGCAAGUGUUUUGUUAGCUUUUGAUUUUGUUUGUUUUGUUAGUGUGGCACUGGUAAGAGGAGAAAGCUUGUUAUCUGAAGAAAAACAAAAAAAUUUGAUGACUAAUAUAUAAUUUUUAAAUAUAUUUUUGGUACAGAUGGGAGAUGGGUUGCAGACUCUCUUACUGUAAGGAGCCUAAGAAACUUAUGCUGCUAUAAUUAGUGUUACAUUAAUUCAUUUGCAACAUAAUUCUUCUAGGAUACCAAAGCUGAAGUUUGGUAUAGGUGCCUACUUAACUGGUGUUAAUACAAAUGAAUCGCCUUAUUGUCAAGGGUUGCAUAAAUGAUUAUCACACUUUUAACUCAUACCUGUGCCUUUUCGUUUUAAUGCUGGGACUUCUGUAUGUGACUUCUAAACAGUAUCUUUAAGUUGCCAAACUUGGUGACUAGUUUUCUGGCCCAGCAGCAGGAGCAGCUGGCUAUCAUUUAUAAUUGUAGUUGUCCUCUAUUUUAUGGGUAAUUUAAAAUUUCAAGAUUUCCAAGUUUCAAGUCACAAGACAGAAAUCGUGGCCAGACCAUGGUGCACAUUUCCAUCUUGAGGUAUUUUCUCCUCACUUGAGAUGUGAUUUUCUAUAAAUUCUCUUUGCUUUAUAGUAUGAUGCCAAAUAAAAUCUUCUCAGGAUCUUGUUAGCUUGAACAUUAUCGAUAUAAGAUUAC